AUGGCAGUCCAGUACUACAUGGAACUACCCACACCACAGCCCCAACGCAUGAACUUCAUUGCUCGCAAACAGUCUUACCAUGGUAAUACUCUCGGCUCGCUUUCUGUUGGUCACCACGUUGGUCGCAGAGCUCUGUACGAGAAGAUCUUGGCCAAGAAUGUGUCCCACGUCUCCCAGUGUUACCCGUAUCGGGGGAUGAAACCAGACGAAAGUGUUGAAAGCUAUGUUGGCAGACUCGCACAAGAAUUAGAGGAUGAGUUCCAACGAGUGGGCCCAGACACGGUGGUAGCGUUCGUGGCCGAGACAAUGGCCGGAGCUGUGAGUCAAAAUAGCCUGGCAAAGUUCUCAAAGCAAUACACUGACGAUUGA